CUCCCUUUCUCCCUUUCUCCCUCUCCUCCUCUCCAUCUCCCUUUCCCUCUCUCCCUUUCUCCCUCUCAUCCCUUGAGGUCAGCCAGGGCACUUGCACUUAAGGGUCCCCAAAUCUGAACUUUAUGGAAGUAGGGGUGGCAGAGGGUUUUUUGUGGAGAACUUUGGAGUUCCUGUCCUCCUCCCAUAUGGCUGUGCAAGCCUGUUGACCUUCAGAAUGCCAGGCUCAGGAAAAGAGCCUCUUUUUCCAAACUACCCAGAAAGGGGAAAUAAUCAUUAAAAUACAGGAGCUUGAAGCUGUAAUCGUUGAUCUUCUCGAAGGUUAGGUUGUGAACAUUAAUACGUCAAGGCAGAUCAACCUGUCAUGUACCAUUCCAUACCUGCCUCUCUCACGUGGUCAUUUCAGUCAUGAGUCCCAUCAUUUGGCAUCAUUAUCCUGAAGAUUUUUAUUAGGAAAAGUUGAUUUUUUUUUAUAUUCCUGCCCACCACUUUUCUUCCUUUGAUACCUAAGAGCGGGUUCAGCCAACACAGAAUAUAUACACUGUAGGGACGUUGUGCAAGUAAUGACUUAGUUUGCCAUGAACGCAUUCAUUCAACCUCUGGAACUUCACCUGAAUAAAAUGUAGAAAUGUGACCGUGGAGAGUUAGAAUGACCAAUUUUGUUUUUUAUCUGUUCACUUUCCUGAAUCGGCUGGAGCUGUGCUCUUCCACGAAGGGCACAUCUUUCCCUCCAAGAAGUUGUAGGUUUGGGAUUCAGAUGAUUUUUAUUUGAAUAUAUAAUAGUUGUUGUUUCUGCAUGAUUGGAUUUUAUGGGAAGGCAGCAGUGUAGAAAGAGUACCCGUGAAGGAAGUUCGGUGGGGGCUUGGAAUGUAUUUUUAACCAACCUACCGGGGAAGUUGUCAAUCAGAUACUAAAAAUCAGGGGUGCUUUCCUGGAGGCACUGCUCUGAUAUGUCAGGCAUCCAGGCCCUGCCCCCUCAGACGCGUUUCUGUAAACCGCGGGUGUGCGCGUAUGUGUUGUGUGUGCUUGUCCUUUUUAGUUGAAGAGGACUCCACUGACAAUAAGAUCUUACCAAGGCUCGCGGGUGUGACCGAAAAGACAGUUUGAUGUUCCCCAUUGGUUCAUCAACAGGAAGCACCUUGCCAUUUUUCACUCAACAGCUGGUGGAACCUAGCCCUCCUGAGAAAUUCCAUCCACCCCACAACGUUCCCCCGUGCCCGGCCACCCAGCCUCCCACGUACUGCUCAUGGAACCAGCAGCGUUUCUUGGUGACUGUGGACUUCAGUUUCUUGCGAAACAGCAUUUAAGACCGGAGGAAGAGAUUUAUGCCCACACCAACUGUGGACUUUCGCACAGCCUAUACUAAAAGAUGUCCCUGGUAGAUUUGGGUAAGAAGCUGUUAGAAGCCGCACGAGCAGGUCAAGACGAUGAAGUUCGCAUUUUGAUGGCCAAUGGCGCUCCGUUUACUACAGACUGGCUGGGAACCUCUCCACUCCACCUAGCCGCACAAUAUGGGCACUAUUCCACCACCGAAGUGUUGCUGCGAGCCGGAGUGAGCCGGGACGCCAGGACCAAAGUGGACAGGACCCCGUUACACAUGGCAGCGUCCGAGGGCCACGCCAGCAUCGUGGAGGUCCUACUGAAGCACGGGGCCGACGUCAACGCGAAGGACAUGCUGAAGAUGACCGCCCUGCACUGGGCCACGGAGCACAACCACCAGGAGGUGGUGGAGCUUUUAAUCAAAUACGGCGCCGACGUCCACACGCAGAGUAAAUUCUGCAAAACCGCACUUGACAUUUCCAUAGAUAACGGGAACGAAGACCUAGCCGAAAUAUUGCAGAUCGCCAUGCAGAACCAAAUCAACACGAACCCCGAGAGCCCCGACACCGUGACGAUACACGCGGCCACGCCCCAGUUCAUCAUCGGACCUGGAGGAGUGGUGAACCUAACAGAUGAGACGGGAGUAUCUGCUGUGCAGUUUGGAAACUCAUCCACAUCAGUAUUAGCUACAUUAGCUGCUUUAGCCGAAGCAUCCGCUCCAUUGUCUAACUCUUCAGAUACCCCAGUCGUGGCCACCGAGGAGGUAGUGACCGCAGAGUCCGUGGAUGGGGCGAUCCAACAAGUCGUCAGCUCCGGGGGCCAGCAGGUGAUCACGAUAGUCACGGACGGAAUUCAGCUGGGCAACCUGCACUCGAUUCCGACCAGCGGGAUCGGUCAGCCCAUCAUCGUGACCAUGCCCGAUGGCCAGCAAGUUCUGACAGUACCGGCAACAGACAUUGCAGAAGAAACUGUCAUCAGUGAAGAGCCACCGGUGAAGAGGCAGUGUAUUGAGAUCAUUGAAAAUCGGGUGGAAUCUGCAGAAAUAGAAGAGAGAGAAGCCCUGCAGAAGCAGCUGGACGAAGCAAACCGAGAAGCACAAAAGUACCGCCAGCAGCUCCUAAAAAAGGAGCAGGAAGCAGAAGCUUACCGGCAGAAGCUGGAGGCCAUGACGCGACUACAGACGAACAAAGAAGCCGUCUAGGGUUGCGACGGACACGUAAGCCUGGUACCGCUCCGAGGCGAGAAAACCCCAAAUUGCAACCUCGAACUGGACGCCGUCUACACGCGGCCGGCGGAUUACGGGAUCCGGGCGGGGGGUGGAGAGACUGGCAUCCAGGUUAAGAACCGGACCGGGGCCGGAGGCUCCGAUGAGUUCCUUGUAUCAUAAACUCUGACCUUAGAAGUUGUGAAAAGUAUUUAAAACUGAAUUCUGUAAAUAGUUGGAUUUUUUUUACAGUUCCCAAAAUGAGUUGCUAAAAAAAAAGAUUUUUUGAAAGGAUCCAGACACACAGAUAGGCGAACGUUUUUUGUGAAUUCUUUUUUGAUUUUAGUAUGAAUCUAAUUUCUCAGAAACAGAACAGUUUUAAGGGUGAUCCUUGCUAAUCACGGUGACUGUUAGAAAAAUGAACGCGACGCGCUGAUUCCGGAAUUCAUCCUGCUGGUCUCAACUCAGCCUUUAUCCGAAGGGGGAAAAAAAAAAAAAAAAAGGAUUUCUCUGAGGAAAUCGAUCCACAGCUUUAAGUAAUUGCCUCUGAUUCUCUGGAAACAUUUUUUAGGAAGUGAAACUUUUAUAUUUGUUUACUCCCGCUAUAUUUGAGUAGAUUUUCAUGUAUAUGAAGCUAAUAUUUUUUAAACUUUCAGUCUGUACAUAUUUUGCAUGUUUUUAUAAUUUCGGAGUGCCUCGCUUGCAUAGGAACUUUCCGCAAAGACGAUGAAAUCCCGUAGGUCACCGAAAUCGAGUAAGUGAGCAACAGGCUCUAUCGUUCCACAAUGAAAUCCUCGGAAGAAGCAGUCUGGGGGGGGACUUAUUUGCAAAAUCGAGAAUUUGGAGAAAAUGCCACAAAAACAGGUGGGAUUCUGUGAAAAUUCCCCCUUGCAGGUGUCGUGAGGCACAGGAAUAUAGGUUGAUGCCUUUGGAAAACUUAACACGGUUAAGUUUCACAGAUAUUCCCUUCAACUUCGUGUCUCCCCGUCCUGUGCCUGUUCCCUAGCGAGGAGUCCGGGAGAGACGGUAUCGUCUCUGUUUAUCCGUUCGGAAAAGGUAGUUCCGAUUCCCGGAACGGGAACCGUUUCCCACCCCGGCGACGGUGACGGCUUUUACCUAGUUUCGUCGCCCCGCUCUGUGAAAUCGGUCGAUCUGUGCCGUGACUUGCUCUAUCUUAAGACUGUUAAGUUCUGUAUUGUAUGAACACCAGACUUGGAUUGAUCCUUCGGAUUUAUUUUGUAAAGCAUAACUUCGAGUCUUUAUCCUUGCUUUGCUUUUUUUUAUGUUUCACUGCUAUAUGAAAAUGUUUAUCUAAACUGAAAAAUACGGAAAAAAAACCCCUUAUUACCUAUACUGUAUAAAAAAGAAAAAUUACCCUUAAAACUGUACUCUGGCCUACUUUUCUAUUUUACAAUUAAAUAUCUUUUCCACAUA